AUGGAGGCCGAAGACGUCUUCGCGUCUCUGGCGAUUCCGCUGAUGAAGCUCGUAGGUCUCAAGACGGUGGAGAUGGCGACGGAGGGCCGCUUCACCUCCUUCAUCAUCCAAACCGACUCCGAUUUGCGUUCUCAGCAUCAGAGUUUCGGAUCGGGAUCCGGACCCUCGGGUCGGUCGGGUCAGUCCGAUCGGAACCGCCAGUGUGCGAAGAUAGAGAUCUACGCCGCCAAGGCGGCGGUGGCCGGCGAAAUGGUAAUCGAGAAGCAAAAGGAUCAGCUGAUUCAGCUCGUCCGGAUUCUGAAGCAAAUCGAGUCCCAGGUGAACAACGGCCAGAGCCGCAUGGUCCAAACCCUAGCCAAUCGCCGCCAUUCCCUCCGCAGAUUCUUCCAGAGAGCCGUCGCUUACUUAUCCACCGUUGACCGCGUUGACCAGGUGGCGGUGGUGAACCUCCUCCGGGAGAUUUUCAACGAAGUGAGUGCGGUGUUGGAGUCGGUGGAGGCUGACGUGGAGGGCCUGGUGGAGGAUUUGGCGGAGAAGAUGUGUGAGCCGAUGGUGAAGUAUGUGGAGGGGGUUAAGGCUGAUUUGAGAAAUGGGGCUUGUUUGGGGUUAGUGGGAUUGGUGAAGGAGAUGGCCAGGGCGGCAGGGGAUUCAAAGGCGGAGUUGGAGGCGGCGAGGAGUAAGGCCACGGCGGCUGAAGAGAGUAGAGCUGAGGCUAUGAGGAGGCUUAGGGAAUCAGAGGAAUAUGUGAGGAGAUUGAAGGAAUGCUUCAAGUUAUUGCCAGAGGCUAGUAAAGCAUCUACCAAAGUAACCAAAGGCUUUGCUUCACAUAAGAUUUUAGGCAUGGAGAAAGAUCAAGCCAAAGAUGAGCAGCUGUUAUGGGAGCUAUUGGAAAAGAAGAGAAAGUAUCAAACUCCAGAGAGUCCACUUGGACCCAGUGAGCUUCUUCCCCUUCAUCAAUCGAAUAACAAGCGCCAAAAGGCAACACAUGUAAAGUUACCAGUGAGAAGCAGCAACUCUUAUUCACUGCGUUCAAGAACCCCACGUUUGAUGGCUGCUCAGAUACCCUUGGGCUCGUCCCCUUCAGUGACAUUUCGCUAA